GUGUAAAGGAACGGUCUAUAGAAUUACAUGAAAGAAAUCAUGUGGAAAUCAUAUCGUUCACGCCUUUUCCAUUUCAUCGGAAUAUUACGAAAGCAAUGAUGUACAGUGAAGAUCGCACUAUAGUUAAUUUCGCUAAACUAACUGGGGAAAGUGUCCGGCAAUUAUAGGCAUUAUAACGAACCUAGCACAAUGUUUUACUGGUGAUUAAAUUCUAUCGUCAUGACUACAAUGAAGAAUCCUAAUUCGUCGUCUUCUAAACUCGCAAUUCUUAGUCACAUCAAAUACGAGCACCUGGUAGCUGGCAUAUCAGGUGGUGUUACAUCAACGUUAAUUCUGCAUCCGUUAGACCUAAUCAAAAUUCGUUUCGCUGUUAAUGAUGGAAGAACCGCAACCGUUCCACGCUACGAUGGCCUUGGUAGUGCUUUUGUCACCAUUGUCAAGAAGGAAGGAGUCCGAGGCUUGUACAGAGGCGUCACACCUAAUGUGUGGGGCUCGGGAUCCGCCUGGGGCUUUUACUUCUUAUUUUACAAUGCUAUAAAGACUUGGAUACAAGGUGGGAACGCUCGUACACCACUGGGCCCAGGUCUUCAUAUGUUGGCCGCUGCACAGGCCGGGGUGCUGUCUUUAGUCAUGACCAAUCCUAUAUGGGUGGUUAAGACUCGUUUGUGCCUUCAAUACAGCGAGGAGCAUAACAUCGCUGAUAACAAACGCUACAGGGGGAUGGUUGAUGGCCUGAAGAAGAUUUAUAGGACAGAAGGUGUUAGGGGAUUAUACAGGGGAUUCAUUCCCGGUAUGUUCGGCGUCUCGCACGGAGCCCUGCAGUUCAUGACCUACGAGGAAAUGAAGAAUAGGUACAACCAAUACAGGAAUCUACCUAUUGAUAUAAAAUUGACUUCGGCCGAAUACCUAACAUUCGCGGCGAUAUCAAAGCUGAUAGCAGCUGUGGCCACGUACCCUUACCAGGUGGUGCGAGCGCGGCUCCAGGACCAGCACCGCGUGUACAGCGGCGCCUGGCAUUGCGUCACAGAGACCUGGAGACACGAAGGCUUGCUGGGUUUCUACAAAGGUCUCAAACCGAACUUGGUUCGCGUCAUCCCGGCCACAAUGAUAACUUUCCUUACUUAUGAGAAUGUCUCGCAUUUCAUGCUGAGACGUGAACAGAAAAUUAAACUACCCUCCUGAGAAACUUUGCUAGCUAUGUUGCCGAGGGUUUGCUUUUCAUUUAAAGGUAUAUUUUUGUAUAUCAAAGAAUUAUUACAGUGUUCUAUGUAGCACAUGUAUUUGUUAAAAUAUAAUAAUCAAAUCUAGGUUUAGAUAUUUUAACUUUUAUGUUUUUUUAUCAUUGUAAUUUGUGAUUCAUUCGAGUCAUAGUUUUUUUUUAUUGAUAUAAGUUCACAAAAGUUUAAUUUUAAGUUACCUGAUACAUCUAGGGCUGUGCUUGGUUCCUUUGGUAGAUAUAAUGUAGCGGUAGGCUUAAAAAUACACACGAAAUUACAAUGAAGCCAUAUGAAAAUAAUGUAGGUAGUGUAAGUAUAGCAUACUUUGUCCAAUAUUCAGUUUCAUGUGAAUCUGUUAGUACAAAUUUAAAUUGCUUCAUUUAAGUGCUGUUUGGACGUUUCGUAAUUGUAAUAAAUCCAGUCUAUACAGAAAGCAUAUCUGACGAACAUUAUUUUAUCAUAAGCACUUUCCUAUCUUGUUUAGUGAUGUCAUACACAUUGACUUCAUUAAUCUUUCCUGUAUUAUGUCAAGUGCUUGUACUGUUAUGUAACAAUGGAAAUAAAUUUCAGUUCAGUUCAGUAGUUCAAAACAGUCUUAUUUUUAAAUAAUGGGUUUAAAACCAUGGUAAGGUAAUAAAUUGGUUUGUGAGAGCAUAUAUGCAUUGUUUAGUUUUAAUUACUCACGUUAUGUAUAAUGGCAUGUUUGUAUGGAUGAUUUUUUAUUUCAAAUAAAUUUCGUUAAUUAAAGUUA